CUGGCUCAUCUCGAACGAGCCUAUUAGCAGUGACAGGAAACCCGUCAUCGCUUCGCCUUCAGCAAAGCGCGUCAUCUUUUGGGCCUCCAGCUUGUCGUACAAAAACAAAUAUGGCGUCUUCCGCUGAUGUCCACGUCCGAAUCUGUGGACAAGAAAUGAUCAAAUAUGACCUAGAAAUUAAGGCUCUCGUUCAGGACAUCAGGGAUUGCCCUGGACCUCAGUCAACUCUCAUGGAGCUCAACUCUCAGGUCAAAGAGAAGUUCAACAAGCUCAGACUCAGAAUACAGGAUCUGGAGCAGAUGGCCAGAGAGUAUGACAGAGAGACGGACAGACUGUCCAUCCAGGCAGAGACGGAGAGCCAGCGAAGGCAAAUGCUGAGUAACCAGACCGCAUGGAAGAAAGCUAACCUGGCGUGUAAACUCGUCAUGGACAGCACGGAGAAGGACGAGCUGCUGUUUGGAGUAGAAAACCAGAGCACCAGACAAAGGAAGGUGACCAAAGAAAGCCUCGUAGAAACCAGUAGCACCAUCACAGAGAGUCUGAUGUCUAUGAGCAGGAUGAUGGCUGAACAGGUGAAGCAGAGCGAGGACACUAUCGGCACACUGGCCACUUCCUCAAGGACAGUGCAGGAAACCAACGAGGAGUUUAAAAGCAUGACGGGAACCAUUCACCUGGGGAGGAAACUGAUCCUCAAGUACAACCGGCGGGAACUGACAGACAAGCUGCUCAUCUUCCUGGCUGUGGCCCUCUUCCUCGCCACCGUCCUCUACAUCCUUAAGAAACGUCUCUUCCCUUUCAUUUAGCUGCCUGGCUAAAGAACUCGUCGAGGCUGCAGGCGGUUAUUUCCCUCAGCAGAACGUUACCACAAAGACUUUAAACAGGUACGGACUACAUGCCGAGAUGGAAGCAGUCCUAAGACUGGACUUUCGCACAUAGAGACAAGUGUCCAGUGAACACUUUUCAUCUUGUUUAGCUUCCUCAUUUUAAUCUUUAUAAAAUGGUGAACUUAAAUUGAUAUUCUGAGGUUUCAUGCAACAACAGUGAUAGGGUUACAGCCUCAGCGUGCUUCAAACAUACGUGUAGUGUUCACCCAUGUCUAAAGGUAAAAUAUUUUAUACUUCUUGAAAUGGCCACAUUCGAAGCCGGCUGUCAUAGCUUCUUCUGUCCCACGUCACAUCCCAAGAGCUGUGACUGUCGUCUUGAAGUGGCAAUUUAUUCAAAUUUAAGAUAAGAGUGCACACUUUCAGGCAGUCUCUCCUCGAAAGCUGUCAUGGUCAUUUCAUUCUGUCUACUUUUCCGUGUGUCCGUGUGUCCGUGUGUGUGUGUGUCCGUGUGUGUGUGUGUGUGUGUGUGUGUGUGUGUCCAAAGACGCCAUAUUGACAAUUUACCUUGUGCCUUUCUUCCUUCUGACGUCUAGACAACUGAUUUAAAAAUGUGAUUACUUACCUAUCCCGUAAAUGUUGUCUCCCACAUUAAGUCAGAUGUUAUGAAUGUUGAACAAUGUUUGUGAGAGUAAAGUAGAAUACUUCUAUUUCCAUUUAUUGAGGAAAACAUUGAUGUGAAGCAUUGCCACAGAUGUGCCAGUAGAUGGCAGGAUACCCAACAUUUACCACCAGCAGAGAAACUUUAUUGUUCAUUUGUAUGAAGAACUAUUUUACAGGACCGGACGGACGGACUGACUAACACACUUCUCUCUGUCAAGUGACAUCAUUGUAGUUUAUUUAAUUUCAAUCAAAAUGCCUACACCUGUAUUUUGAGAUUAUUUUAAAUAAAAAGUUACAAAACA